UAGCUGCAUGAUCAAAUGCACCUGUCGUAGAAGUUCAUUCCGUGGAAUGCAUGUUUGAUGGUGGAAAUGAGUUAUUCCAUCACCCCCGUUUUAAACUGAACGAUCAUAAAUAGCCUACCUCUGCAGAAUCUUCCUAAACUCCUGAUAAGGGCUGAGGCCUUUCUUCAUCAUGUUACGCAUGUUAUCACGUCGCCAUUCACGGCGUCUGAAGCUCCUAGCGCUGAGCGUUGCCCUCUUCCUCAUGCUGCUCCUGGUUACUCUGCAGCAGGGAGGAGAAGGCACUAUGUCCCCAGCGCUCUGGCCUCUUGCUCUCCCCAGAACUCAGGAGUGGGUGAAGGUCUUUGUAAGGUUUGCAGCCAGCAGCAACCUAACUUUUCAAAUCGUAGCCCCUCAGCCUCCAUCUCUCGGGCUGCGGCCCACGACAGUGGACCCCCUUUGCCCGUCAGGAUUUUACAACAGUGUUGAGCUGAGGCCCCACCUGCAGAGGCCUCCAGACAACCCAAAUAGUCCAGGGGCCUAUGGGGGGGCCUUUGUGUCAAAGCACCUCAGCCCAGAGGAGCAGAGAGAGAUGAAGCAGGGCUUGAGUAAGCAUUGCUUCAACCAGUUUGCCAGUGACCGCAUCUCUGUGCACCGAAGUCUGGGCAAUGACACACGGCCCCCUGAAUGUGUUGAUCAUCUCUUCCGCCGCUGCCCACCCCUGCCAUCCACUAGUGUUAUCAUCGUAUUCCAUAAUGAGGCGUGGUCCACUCUCCUUCGCACUGUUUAUAGCGUGCUGCAUACCGCACCUGCUGUCCUGCUCAAGGAAGUCAUCUUAGUGGAUGAUGCUAGCACUCUGGAUAAUUUAAGAGCACCUUUAGAACAUCAUAUCCAGGCCCUCAAGAUGGUGCGUGUGCUUCGGCAGCAGGAGAGAAAAGGACUAGUAGCUGCCAGGCUGCUGGGUGCACGAGAAGCCAGUGGAGAGGUUCUCACGUUUCUGGACUCCCACUGUGAGUGCUUCCAUGGCUGGCUGGAGCCUCUACUGGCACGCAUUGUGCAGGAGCCCACAGCGGUGGUCAGCCCUGACAUAGCCAUCAUAGACCAGAACAGCCUGAAAUUCACCAGGCCAAUGCCCACCCAACGGGUACACAGCCGAGGCAACUUCGACUGGAGCCUGAACUUUGGCUGGGAGAGCAUACCCAGUCAGGAAAGAAUCAAACUGAAAGACGAAACCUACCCAGUGAGGACUCCAGUGUUUGCUGGUGGCCUUUUUUCCAUAUCUAAAGCUUUCUUUGAAUUCAUUGGGACCUAUGAUGACAAAAUGGAGAUUUGGGGAGGAGAGAACAUUGAGAUGUCCUUCAGGGUGUGGCUGUGUGGGGGACAGCUGGAGAUUAUUCCGUGCUCGGUGGUGGGCCACAUCUUUCGCUCCAGCAGUCCCCACUCCUUCCCCAAGGGCACUGAGGUGAUCUCACGCAAUCAGGUGCGCCUGGCCGAGGUCUGGAUGGACGACUACAAACAAAUAUUCUAUCGUAUGAACAAAAAGGCAGCAGCAAUAGCUCAAGAGAAGGAUUAUGGUGACAUAUCAGAGCGGCUCAGACUCAAAGAGAGAUUGAACUGUAAACAUUUCACCUGGUACCUGAACCAUGUCUACCCAGAGGCGUAUGUCCCUGACAUGAACCCAGUCCUCUUCGGAGCGGUCAAAAACAUGGGGUCAGAGACGUGUCUUGAUGUUGGUGAUAAGAAGCUACCAAGGAAGCCUUUGAUGAUGUACAUGUGUCACAACAUGGGUGGCAACCAGUAUUUUGAGUUCACGUCGCAACAGGAACUGCGUCACAGUUCAGGGCGGCAAGUGUGUCUGCACGCUACCUUGGAUCCAGAUCCUGUCAGGAUGGACCCAUGCACCUAUAGGGGCAAUGGGACACAGGUGACACCCCAGCAAGAGUGGCUCAUUACCCUCGUACUCCCAAAGGUGUUCCUUCUGAAAAAUGGCGUGCUGGAGAAAUGCUUAACCCUAGUCGGAGACAAAGUGGUUUUGAAGCGAUGUGACCUUGCACAGUUGUACCAGUACUGGACAUUCAUCUGAUCAUAUCAGUCACUGGAAGAUGAGAAAAUCAAAGCAACUGCAGGCAUACACUUAGACUGUGAUUCUGGAAAAUGUGUAUGUAUGAUGUAUAAUAAACCCUAUUAAAAGUCUAUAAUUUGCUUGA